ACAUGCAACACUGAACAGGAAACUGGCUAGAAGAUAGCAGGGGAACUUGAGAACGUGGUCGUUUUCAGCGGAUUAAAACAACACAGGUGAUCAGAACAUUUCACUUCCUGGAAGUUGACCGUUGCCAUUUUAAGACCACCCUAGCACUUUAGCCAAGUCUGAUAGAAAUGGCCACUUGCUCCAAUUCCUAUAGCUCCACGUGAAGCAGACAGCAGGAAACGCAUAGAUGAACCUUUAGACGAUUUAUCAGCAAGACUGUUGAAAGCGUAACUGUCCAAGAUGCCUGUCCCGCCCCCUCCAGCACCCCCACCGCCACCCACACUAGCUCUGGCCAAUACAGAAAAGCCUGCCUUGAAUAAGUCAGAGCAGGCCGGGAGAAAUGCUCUUCUCUCUGACAUCAACAAAGGGAAGAAAUUAAAGAAGACAGUCACCAAUGACAGAAGUGCACCGAUAUUGGACAAACCUAAAGGAGCUGGUGCUGGUGGCAGUGGUGGCUUUGGUGGAGGUGGCGGAUUUGGUGGAGGAGGUGGCAGCGGUGCUGGUGGUGGUGGUGGCAGCGGUGGCAGUGGCAGCUUUGGAGGGGGUGGACCACCUGGCUUGGGAGGACUGUUCCAGGCUGGAAUGCCAAAGCUGAGAUCAACAGCCAACAGGGAUAGUGAUUCUGGAGGAAGCCGACCCCCGAUUUUGCCACCAGGAGCAAGAUCCAUAUCUGCCAAACCUUUCUCACCCCCAAGUGGCCCAGGGAGGUUCCCUGUGCCUUCUCCGGGCCACAGAAGCGGACCCCCAGAGCCUCAGAGAAACCGAAUGCCUCCCCCGAGGCCCGACGUGGGCUCAAAGCCUGAUAGCAUCCCCCCACCAGUACCUAAUACGCCAAGACCCAUUCAAUCAAGUCUGCACAACCGGGGGUCCCCACCAGUGCCUGGAGCUCCCAGGCAGCCCAGCCCUGGGCCGACUCCUCCCCCUUUCCCUGGAAACCGAGGUGCUGCUUUUGGAGGAGGCUCCAUCCGUCAGACCCCUUCAGGCUCCUCCUCAUCCUUUUCCAACAGGCCUCCCUUGCCCCCUACCCCGAGCAGGGCCUUGGAUGACAAACCCCCUCCGCCGCCGCCUCCAGUGGGUAACAGGCCCACCCUCCACAGGGAAGCAGUGCCACCUCCGCCCCCGCAGAACAGCAAGCCCCCGGUGCCUUCCACUCCGCGGCCUUCCUCCUCCUCACAGGCCCCACCUCCGCCACCACCACCCAGCAGGCCCGGCCCUCCCCACCUGCCUCCAGGUUCCAGCGGCAGUGACGAAAUCCCAAGGCUCCCACAGCGGAAUCUCUCCCUCACUUCGUCUACACCUCCCUUCCCUUCACCUGGACGUUCUGGCCCUCUUCCGCCCCCGCCCAAUGAGAGACCCCCUCCUCCAGUGAGGGACCCACCAGGCAGAUCAGGCCCUCUCCCACCACCUCCUCCAAUAAGCAGAAAUGGCAGCACGUCUCGGGCCCUGCCUGCCACCCCACAGUUGCCAUCCAGAAGUGGAGUAGACAGUCCCAGGAGUGGGACCCGACCUCCCCUUCCUCCAGACAGGCCUGGUGCUGGGGCGCCUCCCCCACCUCCACCAUCAACAUCAAUUAGAAAUGGUUUCCAAGACUCUUCAUGUGAAGAUGAGUGGGAAAGCAGAUUCUACUUCCAUCCAAUUUCUGAUUUGCCACCUCCAGAGCCAUAUGUGCCAAUGAACAAAUGUUAUCCCAGUAAAUUGGCAAGAAAUGAAAGCCGGAGUGGAUCCAACCGAAGAGAAAGGGGUGCUCCACCCCUUCCUCCCACCCCGAGGUGAUCCUUGCCUGCUCUUCGCCACCCGAGCCCAAGAGCUACUUCUAUUAUUGUUAUCGAGAGUGGCACACUCUCCUCCGCUCGUCUUCCCUUUUCCCCUUCAUAUUGGCAGUAGGGAAGAAGGGAGGGUGAUGUGGGAAUAUAUGUGUGCAGGGUGGGAAUCCGGUGAAGAAAUGCACCUAGGUGUUUAUAUUGUGUAUACCCUCAAAGCUAUAGCUUGCUUCAACUACAGCCUGCCAAUGUUGACUGCUUGGGAGUCAAUUGGCUUUUAUGGCAAGUAGGCAGAGAUGAAUUGUGUCCUAGCUUUCAACCAACCAAAUUCAAACAUUCACUGCUUAUUUGCUGCAGAUGAUAUUAAAGUCCCUGAGAGCUGCUUGCUUUCAUGCCUUUUUUGCAUGCUUGGCCUUCUGUCUGUUUCCACGAACCACAGACCACCUAAGCAAGUUGCUGAGCAAGGGCUCACAUGAAAUUUUUGUGGUUAUAGGUUACAGUAUUUGGCAGUCUGAGGUAGGCUCUAGGACAGAGCUGUCCAACAGAAAUAUAAUGUGAGCCCCAUAUACAAUUUAAAUAUUUCUAGUAGCCGCAUUAAAAAAGAAAUAGGUGAAAUUAAUUUUAAUAUAUUUUAUCCAAAAUAUUUCGACCUGCCAUUAAUAUAACAAUUAUUAAUGAGAUAUAUUACAUUUUUUUUAUUCUAAGUCUUCAAAAUCUGGUUUGUGUUUUAUGCUUAAAGCAUGUCUAUUUGGACUAGGCAUCUUUCAAGGGCUCAAUAGCCACAUGUGGCUGAUGGCUACCAUAUUGGAUAGUUGCAGGUCUAGAAGACAGAAGCUAACACAAAAACCUCUUGUUUAAAAAACAAAAAAUACGAGAUGAGCUUUAGCAAUUCAAGAGGUAACUAAAAAUCAAGUUAGGACCCAACUCCUUGUCUGGCAGACAGCUUGAUCUGAGAUUUUGCUCCACUAUUUUCCAUCUUCCCUUAAUAUCUGUAUACAAGUAUUGCUUCAUAAUACCAAGGUCAGAAAUUGAUCUACUAGGGUUUACAGUCAUGUGGAAUAAAGCCAUUGGAAAGAAACUAAAAGCCUGUCGGGACUUCCGGGCUCAGAACCAGCUGCUGGAGCUCACCUGUCAGUUGAACUCCUGCCUUGUGUAUUUGAAGUGGCUUCAUUUGUCUCCUGCCCAGCUUGCUCCUCAGGGCAGGGAGGCUCGUAGGCUCUGUAGUGGUGGGAAAGUCAGGGAAACGUAGCAAAUCAGAUGUGGAAGAAGGGACCAGAUUUAGGUGGAUGGGCAAACUCUAAAAAUCUAAAUCUGAUGCUUAUAGGGUUGUGAAAAAGAGACUGCUGCUGGAAAUUGGAGGGAAUUUGUUUUCAAUCUGUCCGGGAGAAUCAUUUGCCUUGGAUCUAUGCAAAUAAGGCUCCCAAAGGGACACAGGGAACAGCCAGACUUGCCUUCUGGAUUUUUGUUUUUUGGUUUUUUUGUGGGUUGUUUUUUUUUUGUAUGAUUUUGUUUACAGACUUUACUGGGACUAAUUUUUUUCAAUUUAGAUGUUUUAUAUGGUUGAUUAAGUUUAAAAUUACCAUUAUUUUUUAAAAGCACAUGGCCACAUAUGUAGAUGUAUAUAUACCUAUAUACCUAAAUUUUGUAUCAUGGUUUCAGUGAGUUGUUCAUGUAUUCCUGGGAGAUGCUAACAAGAAAUCAAUCCAAAGAAAAAUUUGAAAGAAGCAUUCCUAUUUAUAGAAUAAAUGUUUCAUUUAUAUAAAAGCAAAAGAACUUAGAGUUCUAAUAAAUGGGAUGUCUAAUAAAUUAUGAUGCUACCCAUUUGAAUAUAUUGUAUUUUUAUAACUUUCCUUGUCAAAGUCCUGGGCCUAGUACAUCAGACAACUUGGGUUUUUCUCCCCUCUCCUCUACCAUUCAUUUGUCUUUCAGUCACUUGGGGCCCUUUACCCAAAAAGAAUCAAGAAAUAUAAAGGUAUAACAAACUCCGCAAAGUAUUUAAAAAAAAAACCAACUUUAUCUCCAGUAUUUUGGUAAUACAGCAGCAUUGUUUUAUUUUGGAUUCUUCAAUCAGAUAUCAACAGUUGAUUAAAAUCCCUAUGAGAAAGCCUAAUGUCCCAGUUUAGAAAAGAAGCCUUUCUAGCAAAUAUGAUAGAGAACAGUUUGACCCCAACAAAGUGGAUCUAAAUUUUGUAAGGGGUAGUAAGACUGGCCAAUUUCCUCAUAUAUCCCAACUUUGCAGGUACUAUCCUAAAGUUUGAAAGAGGGUCACAGCUCAAAGUUGCUAUUCACCAGGACAGAGAUGUUUUAGAAUGUGAGUUUUAAGUGAAUGUUUCAUUAAUACACCAGUAUCCUUGCUUUCAAAGUUAGCAACCGAAUUGUAUCCAAAACUUUGAAUAAGUUCUAUGCUAAAAUCUUCAACUAUAGCAAAUCACAAAAAUGAAUAAUUUUCUUCCCUAAAAUCAGAGCCUAUGUGUUUUUUUCCACAAAAUUUCCAGAUAAAUGUAUUCAAGAUGCAAUACAGUAUUUUAACAUUCACAUAUUUUAUAUUGAAAUGUAUUACAUACAGUAUUAAAAUUCAAUGUUCAGUAUUUAUUUCACUUGCAUAUUAUUUAGUAAAAGCUGAAAAAAUGUUUAAUCCAACGGUGCCUUACUUUGUGAUUUGAAAGAAAUCGACUUUUUAUGUCUAUGUAGCAGAUUACUGGCAUAUUUGUAAAAACUGUUAGACCUUUAUAUUUUAACUUGUAAUACCGAUUUUGUUAUCUUAGUAGCAGAAAUGGGAUGAUUGUUAAAGUGCCCAAAAAUUUUUGGCAUGAAGUUAAUUUUUCCCUGUUUAUAGUCAGGGAUUGUAAAGGAAGAAAAAAAUGUUUUUCAUACCACUGCACUAUGUAAACAUGCACAUUUUGGUGUCUAGGUCAUCAGGAUAGUUUAAAUGGUGGGAUAGAGUCUCUCUAAGACAUCUGCAUCUUUGUAAUUUAGCCAGACAAUAAAUAAAAGCAGAAUGA